AUGCGUUUGGAUAACAUCCUUUUUCGAUUGGGUAUGGCGGCAAACCAUUCCUCGAGCUCGCCAAUUAGUUAA